AUUUUCUCGGACAAAUCUGAAUAAAAACAAAUUUCUCGAAUUCUUUCAUCUCCGGUUCUUCUUUUAACGAACAUGUUGAAUCACGAAGUCGGAUCACUUGCUGUGAAAGAUCAUGGUAUGGCAAAAAGAGCAAGAAGCGAUGAAGAUCGUCUUAUCGACGGUCUAAAAUGGAGCUACGGUUACUUUGAUCAUGAUCAUAUUCAACUUGUUCCAGAGAUUCGUAAAGAAGAAGAAAAGCCGAAGGAGGAUUUGUUGGUUGUUGUCCCUGAUGAACAUUCUGAAACUGAUGAUCAUCAUCAUAUUGAAGAUUUUUCAGAUGAUCGAUGUUAUUUGAGAAACAAACAUGAGAACCCAAAAAAACGCCGUAUCCAGAUCUCAAGUGAUGAAGAAUCAGAGGACUUUACAAGAGAGGUUCCCUCAGUUACACGAAAAGGUUCCAAGAGAAGAAGAAGAGACGAGUUGUGUGAGAAGAUGCGUACGCUACAGCAAAUUGUACCUAAUUGUUACAAGGCGGACAAAGUUUCGGUUCUCGAUAAGGCCAUAGAGUAUAUGAAAAACCUUCAGCUUCAACUCCAGGUGAUGUCAAUAAUGGGAAUGAAUCCUUAUUCCCCUCCUGCGACAUUUAACUUUGGAAUGCAAAACCACCUGUUCACUGCGAUGGCUCUGGCUCAGGGCCAAAAUCAGGCGAAUCACACCACGUCGACACCGUUAAUUCAGGCUUUAAAUUGGCCGUUACCACCGUUAACUAAUCUUUUAUUCCCACACUCGUCAAACCAGUCUCCCUUUCUUACAACAGCAUCAGCAGCUUCUUCUUCUUCUCAAUGUCUUUGUGGUUUGGUUCCUUGUUUCCCAAGUCCCCUCGACUUUCCUUCCCGUGCGAUGGGACUAUGAUAUGUAAGUAGCUCGACAAAAGUUAUGUGAAAUGAAUGUUGAUUAAGAUAAAAUGAAAUUCCAAAAUAUCAGAUAAUAGUUCCCUCGUAGCGUUUUUAUUUGAUUAAAAGGGAGUUGAAAACGAAAACCCAUUGAACGUAGGAACAAGAGCCUUU